AUGAAGGGAUUCAUUCAGAAACUCAUCCUUUUCCUCGCUCUGGCGAUGCUUGCGUCCGUCUCCGCCAUCAGAGUCCCCAAGAAGCUCCCCGACGGCGUCUACGAACUCAGCACCCGCAAGCACAUACACAGCAUACCCUACUUCAUCGCCCGCUUCGACAUGGACAUGUACGCCAGCAUCAACCUCACGGCCAAGGACAACGACGACCGAGGCCCCAUCGUCAGCAACCGCCACCGCUGCUCCCGCAACGUCACCACCAAGCACGACUCCCGCAACGUCACUACCGCGAGGGCCAUGCUGAGCAACUGGUGCGCCAUGUACCAGCCGCGAGUCCAGAGCGUCGUCGCCGCGGUGUAUGGCGACGAAGUGUGGUACAUGUGCACCUACAAGGUGAAGCACCGCUCUCCUGCGCUGCCCAACAUUCCGCAGUCGUGUGCGCGCGAGGAGCUUGACGUUGUCUCUGACCGGCUUGACCGCUGGUGCGGCGCGGAUAGGAUUGCCGCGGUCGAUAUUGAUGACUGGACCCUCACGUAUGGGCGGACGCAGCGGAAUACGUCGUUUUGUGCGAGGCAGCAGUUUCGGGGCCCUUGGUCGCUGCGGAAGGCGACUGACAUCUAUAACGGCCCUAGACCAGAAGAUGAGGGGCCUGACGUGGAGCAUUAG